AUGUGCAGUUCAGAUUCUGGUUUUGUUGGGCCGCAGCAACAUGUGCGAAGUCGUACCUCCACAAAAGAUUGGCGCCAUCAGAAGGGUUGGAAGUCGUCCUCAUGGUGGGACUUACAGCUGAGUCUCGGCAUUGUGGCACAGACCAGUGCAAAGGCCGUGCUGCAAUUCUGCAGCACCCGCCUGCCCCAGCUUCACUUGGUGAAUCUGUCAACAGCUCUCCACCGUGUAGCAAAAUCAUCAGAUCGCCUUCAAGUUCUAGAUUGCCCUGAGCUGCAGGGGUUGGUUCGCUGCCUGGCAACGCAGCUGAACGAGACAAAUGAAGCGUCACCACUAACGUUGGCCAGUGUGUGUUGGGCAUGUGCAAAACUAAGCUACCUGGACAUGUCGCUCUUUGACAUGAUGGCCACGCAGGCUAUAGGAUGCGUGCAGAGACAGGGGAUGGGUUUCCAGCAGUGCUCAAACAUCGCCUGGGCUUAUGCAAUCUUGGAGCUCUUCCAUGGGCCCUUGCUGGAGGCCUUAGGGAGCCUGACUGUCGACACCCUGUCAUCCUUUGACUCACAGGCCGUCUCCAACCUGGUUUGGGCGUUUGCAAAGCUCCUUGUGCUGGACGAGCCGCUCAUGUCCUCAAGUGCCUUGCAUUUUGUGGAGCGAUUGUCAGAGUCCAGCCCGCAGAACCGCUCCAACUUCUGCUGGGCCUUCGCAGUGCUCUUGGUCAGAUCGCCUUUGGUGGUCAUGGUUCAUCAACUGGACGAGGGCGAGGGCCUGCAUGAGCUCGACUUGCAGGAUCUAACAAACACCGCCUGGGCCCUCGCGUGCUUGGAGUGCCUGGACGCGCCUCUACUCCAUGAUUUUGCGGCGGAGUUCCUGUUGAAAGUGGACAGCAUCUUGCAGGAUGGCUUCUUGACCACAGCGCGACUGCAAGACACAGCUUUUGCAAUCGUCUCAGUGUCGUGGGUUUUCGCCUUUACAAGCAUCUUGUCACCUGGGCUUUGCGGGGAAUUGGCAUGGAAGCUGUCGAAGAUUGGAUUGCAGGUGGACAGUUGUGCUGACGGCAUUCCCAACGUGCGGCAGAGCGCAUAUCCCGCUGCUCAAGGUGAGGGCAGAAGCGGCGGCUCACCCAGGAUAGUUUUCAGCACUCGUGGCAUGGCGGUCGUGUUCAAACCGCCAGGUUGGGAAGUAGAUGGGCCGCAGAGCGAGCCGAGCAAGCAGGGCCUGUUGUCUGAUUUUCUCAGAGCAGAAUAUCCCUCACACUCCCUGCCAUUCCUCUCGGAUUUCCAGUACGGCUUUAUUCAUCGCCUUGAUGUGCCGAGCUCGGGUCUAAUAUUGGCUGGAACGACGUUCCAAGGAUUAUAUUCUCUGCGCAUGCAGAUCAACACAUUCUCCAUGUUUCGGGAGUAUCUUGUACUCUGUCACGGCAUUGCGCCUGCAUCUUUGACGGAAUGUUGUUGGCCCAUCGACAUGGUGUCACGGAGAAGUCUAGCUCAGCAGAGACCGACUCGGUCAAGGUCCAGUGGCUCUUGUGACGGAAGGGCAGCUUUGACGUGGUUCCGCUUUCUGGCACAUGGUCAUGGUAUGUCAGAGGAGAUGCUCAGCGUGGUUUGUGUCCGGAUACACACGGGACGGAAUCACCAAAUUCGAACGCAUCUUCAAAGCACUGGAUAUCCAACGGUCGUUGAUGGCCGCUACACCUGCUGUUCAGUGCAUUUGCAGGAAUCGCGGUCACUCCAAAUCAGGCAGUCUCAGCAGCUGGUUCUGAGCUCCACUGUUUGGGAUCCCAGGGGCCAAGCGGCCUCAGGUCUCCAGCGCCUUCGCAGCACUUCUGGCCUCGAGCUGCGGGCCUUCCCGGGUGAAGUCCAAGACGGUCGGCGGCCGCAUGUGUGGUCUUGGCAGAGCCAUACCUCCGAGGGCAAAAUCGCCGUCCUCGAUGGACGCUUGCGCUGCCAUUUGCCUGAGAAGCAUCAUUUGGAAUCCGACUGUGGCAAGCUGAGAAAACUGGCGAUCAUGCUCAAAGAGUUCAAAGCCCGGAAUGACAAGUGCAUCAUUUUCACCCAGUUCAGCAAGAUGCUGGAUGUCCUCGAGACCUUUGUGUGCCACCAUAGCUUCACCUACGUCCGUAUGGAUUCAGCAGUAAAGGUGGACAGGCGGCAGGACUUGGUCGAUCGAUUCAAUGACGACGAACGCAUUUUCCUCUUCAUAUGCUCGACACGUGCCGGCGGUGUGGGCAUCAAUUUGAUGAGUGCCAACACUGUCAUCUUCUAUGACUCCGACUGGAACCCGGCGAUGGACAGACAGGCCACGGAUCGAGCACAUCGAAUUGGCCAGACUCGCGAGGUGCACAUCUAUCGGCUGGUCAGUGAGCACACAAUCGAGGAAAACAUUUGGCGGAGGCAGCUGCAGAAGCGAGAGCUUGACGACAUGGUCGUGGACCAGGGUCGAUUUACGACGGAAGAACUGGAGCACCUACACACAGGUGCGACCCCGGCUCCUGCAAAGCCAGAAGAAGUUGGCUUGCCGGUGCUGGCAGCGAAGAGCAUUGCCUGGUCUGCUGCGGAGGUGCGUGCAAUGCUGCAAGAUGGGCAAGAUCCUGAACCGGAUCGCGAAGGCCCUCGGGCUUCUGAUGCAGAACCGCGCAGCAACGGCCAUGUUGCCAAAACUGCAUGCCGUGGGAUGGCUCCAGGCAGCGCGUCAGAGCAACCCACGAGUAUUUCUGAGUUCGAGAAAGUCCUGCAGAAAGUUGAGGACACAGAGGAUGCUCAAAUGGCAGCUAGUGCAUCGCUGGAGCUUCAGCAGACGGAAUGUUUGCUCAAGGGGGAUUUCCAAGCCAGACAAGCGCCACCUGAGAAGCCGGAGAAGUUGGACUGGCUUAGUCUACCACGGCUAGUUCGAUGGGGCGUCCAUCGAAUCCGUGUUCUUGAGGUUGAAGAGGUGCUCGCCCGCCAGAGACCCCGAACUCGAAAGAGAAGAGCAGCUGUGACCGCCGUUUGA